UUUAAUGAUGGCAGCCGACACAGUCAACACGAUCGAAAACGUGUUGAAAAAUAUCGACGAAGAAGCUAAGAAAUUUAAAAGUCUAGUUGUAAAGAAAGAUAUAGAGCCUACUCUUGACUUAGGGAACCUUCUAGUCUGUGAUUCAAAUCCCAUUGUAGGAUUUGAACAAAGAAAAAACAAGAAUGAUUUUCUGACAGAAUUAGCAAGAGAAAACACGCAAUUGCUAUUUAAUGAAAUAUGGAAGCUUCCUGCACAAAGAACAGAAGAUGUAAUAACAGUCAAGCUUCCAGAACCAGUCACCAGACUUCCAAGAGAAAAAUCAAUUCCAAAACCUAAGGCUACAACAAGGUGGGAGAAAUUUGCACAGAUGAAAGGAAUACAAAAUAAGAAAAAGAGUCGCAAAGUGUGGGAUGAAGAAUUACAGAAAUGGGUGCCAAGAUGGGGAUUCCAAAGUAAGGGUGACCUUAAGAGAGAUUGGUUAUUAGAGGUGCCACAAAAAGCAGACCCAUAUGAAGAUCAGUUUGCUAAAAAAAAGAAAGAGAAGAAGGAACGUGUUGCAAAGAAUGAACUUCAAAGGCUCCGGAAUAUUGCACGCAACAGCAAAAAGAAAGUUCCAGGCGUAGGUGCCACACCCACAGUUGAUAAACCUAACAAAUCACAGCUUACACAAGCGCUACAAAUGGCUCAAAAGUCUACAGCAUCACUUGGAAAAUUUGACAAGAAAUUGCCUAAAGAACCAACUCAGAGAAAUACAGGAAAAAAGAGAAAGUUUCAACCUGUGAUUGGCGCAUUAAACGCAGAGAAGGAUAGAGAGCGACAGAUAUUGGAAACGCUCAACAAAAAAGGGAAAAUUAAUGUUAACCAGGCUGUAAACAGGGAGAUCAUGGAUGACCAAUUAACAGGCCCAGGAGAAAAGAAAGAAAAGAAGUCAAAGAAAAAGGGCAAAGGCCAAAACAGGGCUUUACCCAAAUCGAACAGGGGACCAAACAAAAAGUCAAAAAGUAAAGGCAGACAUCGAUAGCAGGGAAAUGAUGCAAAACAACAGUAGUUAAGGGACAAUCUUUAUGUGAAAAAUACAGUUGAUGAUAUUUAAAAGUGUUUUUUAAGAAAUUACUUCUGACUUUACUUUUACAAAGAUCGUGUCUACUGUGAUAUUUUGUGGAUAUAGCUCUUCUUCAUGUUUUGUUGAAUUGCAGUUACAUUUAGUGGAGUUUAUCUAAAGUACCGUAUGAGAGUCUGUCCAGGGUGGUCCAGUCUGUCCAGGGUAGUCCAGCCUAUCCAGGGUAUUUUAAUGGAAAUGUGAAAGGCUUUGCAACUAUCAGAUGUACACUGAUUACUACUGUACUUGGAUAAGGAUAUCAAUAAAUUAUUAGAUCAAAUGUA